AAAAAAGACUACAGUAUAGACUAUAGAGGAGAGGAGAGGAGAGGAGAGAAGAAAAGAAAGAAUCAAUCCCAUAGUAGAGAGAGAGAGAGAGAGAUAAACUCGUCCCCAAACCCAACCGAGGAGCCGUGUUUGACGCUUUCAUCCUGUCGCCUAAAGCUAAUUAACAGCUCACAACAACACAACACUCACCCCAAUCGGAAACUCCCACACGCUCUCUCUCUCUCUCUCUCUAAAAGCGUAACAAGUGAUUUCGUCUUGGUCCGAACUUCUUUGUAUUUACCACUUGAAGACGGCGUCGGGCAGUCCACAUCGAUGUGGCCGCGAUCAAAACCUAGAACCGCGUUCAGAGGAAAUCUAGGGUUUUUGCGAUAGUCCAGGCCUAGGAGGAUUCUUCUAUGGAAGGACUAGAUAAGUCGUCUUCGUGUCUUGAGUCCGGUCCAUGUACGGAGAUCGAGAACCGAAACGGCGACGUAAUUGAGUGCGACCCGAUUGCAGAAAUGGUCGACUCGCAGCAUCUCGCCGGGGUUUCGCCGGUGGUCACAGCUGCCGGCGGUGGGGAGGCUGCUGCUCUUGCUGCGGUGCUUGUGGAGGUCAAGACGGAGGUCAACGUCGAUGAAGAGGGAGUUGGUAAGCGGAGGCGAGGGCGGCCGGCGAGAGGUCAGCCCAGGCCGCCACCGAUGAAGAAGAUAAAAGAGGAGGAAGAAGAAGAGGAUGUUUGUUUUAUAUGUUUUGAUGGCGGGAGCCUCGUGCUGUGCGAUCGCCGGGGCUGCCCAAAGGCAUACCAUCCAGCUUGUAUUAAGCGGGAUGAGGCAUUUUUUCGAUCGAAGGCUAAAUGGAAUUGCGGAUGGCAUAUAUGUAGUAUCUGUGAGAAGGCUGCGCAUUACAUGUGCUACACUUGUACAUAUUCAUUGUGCAAAGCAUGCACCAAAAAAGCUGAUUACUUGUGUGUACGAGAGAAUAAAGGAUUUUGUACAACAUGUAUGAGAACUAUCAUGCUGAUUGAAAACAAUGAUCAAGGGAACAAGGAAAUGCCUCAAGUAGAUUUUGAUGACAAGAGUAGCUGGGAGUACCUUUUCAAGGUCUACUGGGUAUACUUGAAGGAGAAACUCUCUCUAACUGUAGACGAUCUUAUUCAAGCUAAAAAUCCCUGGAAAGAAGGCGGUGCUGUGGCUUGUAACAAAUCUUUGAAAAUGCGUUAUGGUGGUAAUAACAGCAAAGUUUCUUCUUUUUUCAACAUUCCUGUUGGUCAGCAGGAGUCAAAUGAUUCCGAAAGGAGGACAACGGAACAGCCAAAGUUACCUAACCAUGGGGACUCUCCACCCACGAGUAAAUCAAGUUGUGACCAAGGCAAUGCUUCAAAUGAAUCCACUGAGUGGGCAUCCAAGGACCUCUUGGAGUUUGUUGCACACAUGAGGAAUGGGGAUACAUCUGUGUUGUCUCAGUUUGAUGUACAGACUCUUUUGCUAGACUACAUAAAGAGAGAUAAUCUACGGGAUCCCUCUAAGAAAAGCCAAAUCAUUUGUGAUUUGAGGCUUAAAAAACUGUUUGGAAAACCUCGUGUUGGUCACUUUGAAAUGUUAAAGCUUCUCGAAUUUCACUUUCACAUAAAAGAGGAUUUCAAGAAAGACGUUAUUCAAGGCAUCAUUGUUGAUACUGUUCUGAGCCAGGCGGAGGUUGGUGGGAACAAUGAGAACCUGCUGAUGACGGGUAAAGAUAAGAAGCGGAAAACUCGUAUGAAGAUUGAGGAGAGAGGACCACAAGUAAAUCUGGAUGAAUAUGCUGCAAUUGAUGUUCACAACAUUAACUUGAUUUAUUUGCGUCGUAAUUUGAUGGAAAGCUUAGUUGUGGAUUCUGGGAAAUUCCACGAAAAGGUGGUUGGCUCGAUUGUGCGAAUAAGAAUUUCCAAUAACGAUCAGAAGCAAGAUAUGUAUAGGCUUGUCCAAGUUGUAGGUACGAGUAAGGCGGCUUUACCUUAUAAAAUUGGGGAAAAGACAGCAGACUUCAUGCUGGAAAUAUUAAACUUGGACAAGAAAGAGACCAUAUCCAUUGAUGUGAUUUCAAACCAAGCCUUUUCUGAGGAUGAAUGCAGACGUUUGCGUCAAAGUAUUAAAUGCGGGCUUGUUAAAAGAUUAACCGUAGGCCAGGUACAGGAGAAAGCAGUCGCACUUCAGGAAGUGAGACUGAAUGAUUGGCUGGAAACAGAGGUGUUACGGCUAAAUCAUCUUCGGGAUCGAGCGAGUGAAAAGGGGCAUAAAAAGGGGCUCAGAGAAUGUAUAGAGAAAUUAGAGCUUCUGAAGACACCGGAGGAACGCCAGCGCAGGUUGCAUGAGAUUCCUGAGGUUCAUGCCGAUCCUAAGAUGGAUCCGAAUUGUGACUCCGAUCAAGAUGUUGGAGAAGUUGACGAUAAGAAACAAGGUGAUAAUGUUAAACCAAGAUAUUCUGGGUUCGGUAGAAAAAGGAGGGAGUCAAUCUCUGCACAGAAUGGUGAUAGUCAGAAGAGUUCGGGGACUAGGCCGUGGAAAAAGUUAAAUACCUGUGGUCAAAAUAGAAGCCUGCCUACUAAAUUUUAUUUGGAAAAUGGAGCUCCUAGCAGGGUUGUACAGAGAGCCUAUGACUCCUGUUAUGAGGGCAAGGAUUCAUGUGCAACAAAUUGUUCGGCAAAACCGGGGAACAGGGUUGACUCUUGUGGUUCUGUGGGUGGUGGUCAGAACAAUCAAGCUGUGCUGAGGUCUGAAUCUUUUCGUGUGCGUGCACCAGAAACUUCCAUUUCAUCUCUCUCUGCUGGGAGUGCACCAUCUGCGAAUGAUAGUGAAACAGACAAAUUGUGGCACUACCGGGACCCAAAUGGAAAAAUUCAAGGACCAUUUUGUGUUGUGCAGCUGCGCAAGUGGAGUACAACUGGAUACUUCCCGCCUGAAAUGAGGAUAUGGUGCAUAAAUAAUGAAGAAGUUGACUCUGUUCUCUUAACUGAUGUAUUGAAUGGGAAGUUCUGUAAAGUCUUUCCGUUGCAGUCCAAUAUCUCUUUACCAUCUCAGGGAGUUAUUGCCCCUGGUAAUAGAUUAAAUUACUUGGAUGAUAGGAGCAGUGGCAUUGUGAAUACAACUAGCAUGAACGGUAAUAAGGUAGUAGCGCCAUAUACUUGUAACAGCGAAUCCACGAAUAGUGAUGGUUGGGGCUCUCAAUCCUCCAAUUGGCAAGCGCCUGUUAAUAAAACUGAUGGUCCCACAGGAAGUUCUUCUCAGUUCUUGGACUCGCUCAAGCCUAACAACGUUAAUUCUGAUCAUCCCCAGGUGAAUUGUCCACUCGGACAGCAGGAUGGAACUUCUUUACAUCAAGGGAAGAGACAAGAGGAAAAAAUAUGUAGCUUUGCUUCAACUGAUGGAAAUUUGACUUCACAUGAAAGCACAACAUUUCAGGCUAGUGGUGAAGAGAGUCAUGUGAACCAAUCUCAGGGCUCUCCAGGACAGUCAUCUGGUGGAAAUUCAAAGAAUGGGGAUUCUAACUCUGGUUUUGAAUCUGUGGCUAGGUCAUCUGAUUCAUCAGAUCCAAAAUUGGAAACCAAUAUCCCAAGUCUACCCAGUCCAACGCCAAUAACUAGCAAUGGGGACUUGGAAGGUCAGGCGAUUAAAGCUGAGCCUUCUGCGCCUUUAAGUCUUCCUGUGCAAGAUUCUGGUUUAUAUAACCUGCCAAGUCCAAGUCCAAGUCCCACACCAGAGCUGAGUUAUAGUGACGAGAAAGCUGACUCAAAUAUGCAAAAUCUGCCAAGUCCCCUGCUGAUGCUAGGGGAUGGGAACAAGAAAACUGAGGCUGCUGAAAAUAAACAACCAGCCUCCUCAAAAUGUCCUGUUCAAGAUUCUGGCUCCAGUGGGAGCAGUGCUUCUAGUCUGGUGGUGGGUGGCGAGAGACAAUGUCGUGAAACAGCGGAUGAAUGGAGUGGAUGUUCCCCUGCUCGUGCAAAACCCUCUGUUGAGGAAGGGGAUUCAGGCCUUGGUUCUGUGACUUCGUUGAAACCGCCUGAAUUGGCCAGUGAUCACGCAGCUACUCCUACUUCUAAGUGUGACCAACUUACUCCUCCUUCCCCACCACAACCUGUAUUCAAUGAAUCCACAUGGCGUCUUGAGCCCAUUGAGUUUAGCACUUUGGAUGAAGAAUCGGUCUCAGAUCUGUUAGCUGAAGUUGAUGCAAUGGAGUCUCAAUGCGGCUUGGCUUCCCCUACUUCAAUGAUGUACUCUGAUGAUGAAUUGUUUCAGGAUCCUAAUAAUGAUUGUUUCACUAACAUUGGUGUAUUGAGCCAUCCGCUUAAUUUAGGCAGAAGUGAUGCUUUGAGCUCCAUGAGGGAUAUUACUCUACCUCGUCAAUCCAUGAUGACAGAUGAACCACUUGGUGCGGCUCAGGCUCGUGUUAGUGAUCAUGUAAAAAGGUGUAGUGUGAAAUCCUCUACAAACUUUGAAGUGGAUGUGGAAACGCAGCCCACUUAUUUUUCAGUUAACAAAACUGAAGCUGGUCCUAACAGGCAACCAAACACUUCUCAGAGAGCGGAGCAGAAACCCAUGAACGCUAGCUGGGGAACAAUGCAGGGAAAUAUGAACUUGGGUUUGGGAGGAAUAAAUAACGUGGGAUGGGGAUCUGGUUUGGGGACAAUACAGGGAAACAUAAACAUGAACUGGAGCACUUCAGCUGGAUUUAUGGGGUCUGAGAGCUUUCCAGUAUAUGGUGGGGAGAAAUUUGUAGGUCUAAGUGACUGGGAGUCAUCAUGGAGGAGGCAGUCAAUACAUGGCAAUGGCGGCGGUGGUGCAGAAAGUUACUCUAGGGCUCCUCCCAAAGGGCAGGGAGUUUGUAAAUUUUACGAGAAUGGAAAUUGCACGAAGGGAGCGUUUUGUGACUACUUCCACCCAUGAUGAGGAGGUUCCUGUCUAUCUGGUGCAUUAAAAUUACUGUAAAAUCAUUUUUUUGGUAGAACAAGCGUCAUCUACAUAUUGCUGAUGUUGAAGUGUAGCUGAGAAAUAGUACUCAGUUACAAUGGCAUAAUACAAUUUUUUGCUUCAGGUAGCUUGGCUGUUUUGCAGAACGAUCGUUGGUAGAUAUCGACCUGGAAUAGCUUGGCAGGAUAGAGUGACAUUGAUGCCUAAGAGAGAGUGUAGAUAAUUUGUUGUUAGUUGUCAAAAAAGACCUAUUCAGCUGGUUUCUAUUCUAUAUCUUGCAACCAAAUUACUGGCUAUGCAGUUUCACAUAUAUACUAAUCGACAUGUUUUAUUGGCUAA